AAAUGUUAAAUGUUAUAAAGUUGAAGGUCCUUACGAAAUUAUCCAUUAAUUGAAUUCACAGUUCGGAACGAGACCGUUCGCCGCCAUACUCUCGGGUGUCUUCCUCUCUAUACGCCCGCCGGUUGCUCUCAUAUCGGGGCCUCCGUCAUCGGAAGUUUACACUCAUUGAUUAGAAAUGUCAUUGGCUGCUAGUGCUGUUGGGCAUCCUGCUACUUUUCCAACAGGGCAUCAAGGCUGUAAACAAAUAAAGCACAUUGCAUUUGUUCCAGUUGGACUAAAACCUCUUCACCCAAGAAUACAAAUCAGUGAAUGCAGAAGACAAAUAACAUGUGCUACACAAGGGAGACGCUCUUCCGUAAUUUGUGCAGCUGCUCUGAAUGCGAGAUGUUCUGCUGAAGGGCAAACCCAAACUGUCACUCGUCAAUCAUCAACCAUUACAGUUGCACCUGUUCAAGGGAAGGAAAAAUCUCCAGAGCUUGAUGAUGGUGGGACAGGAUUUCCACCCCGUGAUGAUGAUGGUGAUGGUGGUGGCGGUGGCGGUGGUGGAGGCAAUUGGUCAGGUGGGUUCUUCUUUUUUGGCUUUCUUGCUUUCCUGGGACUUCUAAAGGACAAAGAAAGCGAGUCACCAUAUCAAGAGGACAGAAGAAGAUGAAAGAACUAUUUGAAUGUGCAAUGCACCUCGAAAACGUGUAGGUCCUAUAGGCAUGUGACUGUUUCCCUUCUAUUCAUUUCCCCUCAAUUUUUUGAAGUUAUGGUUGAAGGUCUAAUAAUGCUUAUUGGCCCUCAAGAUUUUUACAACUGUUGUAGUGAAUGCUAUGCUAUAUACUAGAGAGUUGAAUGUCAUGAGUCACGAUCUUCUCCAGGCAGUAGCAAGAUGAUAAAAUACAGAAGCAUAA